AUUGUUCGAGUCUGUUUUUUUUUCAAAGGGAACUAAAAGUAAAAUGACCGAAAUAAAAAAGAAAGAAUACCAACCGACUCGAGUUGAUAUUAACGACGAAAGUUUGACGCGUCAUAUAACCAACAUCUCACUUCAUGAUCGUCCGUCGCGUCGUGAUACAUGUCAGGGCGAUUUAAAGAUGGCUAUUCGUACAAAGAUAUGGGAUUUAAUGGAAAAAAGAAAUUUCGUGAAAGAUUACCCAAGACCAUGCCAUAACAAGAUCCCAAACUUCAAACGAUGCGGCAUGGCUGCUACAAAGUUGAGUCGAUUGCGUGAAUUCAAAAAAGCCAAAUGUGUAAAAAUCAAUCCUUCUCUCGCGCAAAUGCACUUGAGAUUUUUAACUUUGCAACAUGGAAAAACAUUAUAUGUUCCUUCGCCUUCACUAAGUGAGGAUUUUAUGUAUGAAGUAGACCCGAAACUUUUGAAGCGUUUUUGGCAGUUGAAACGUGCCUCCAGUAAAGCUGGAUCUAAAGAACUAGGUCGAGCUAUAACGACGCAAGAAAAAAUCAAAAUAGAUUUAUUUGUUGUGGCCUCUGUCGCAUGCUCGCCAAAUGGAGUUCGGUUAGGUAAAGGCAUGGGUUAUGCCGAAAUGGAGUGGGCGGUUUUAUAUACAAUGGGGGCUGUGUCAAAAGAUACGACAGUUGUCACUACUGUGCAUGAUUGUCAAGUAUUGUCGGAAAAAGAACUUUCGACGUCGUUGUUAGAGACGCAUGAUUUACCCGUUGAUAUUAUCGUGACGCCGACAAGAAUAAUAAACGUCAGACAGAAAUUACGGAAACCAAUAACUGGUGUGUUGUGGGAUUUAGUUAGGGAGGAACAACUUGAAAAUAUGCCUGUGUUAAAAGAGUUGGUUUAAAUAUAAAAUUUGAAUUUAUUUUUAUUUAAUUUUAUUUUAAAACUUUCUGGUCUUAUUUUAGGAAAAAGAUUAUGUCUCAAAUGAUAUUCUUUGAACGUAAAAAUAAAUCCUCGCAGAAUCACUUUUUCAACUGUUAAAUUUUCUUUUUGCAAAGUCGUACUUAGUGUCUGCUAGAUCAGGGAAAAAUCACAUUAUAAACUUGUGAAUAAUUAACACGACCAGCAGAAAUUUUCGCGAGCAGGGUCGCAAUUUUUGCGGUUCUCACAAAGGUUUAUGGUUUGAAACUUUUCCAAGCUCUUAUGCUCUCUCCGCUCCUUUCUCCUGAAGGUCUGAAUCACGAUGAAAGUAGCGAUGGGUUGGAAGAGACGAUUGACGUAUAGACGAAGUUUUAAUGUUUUCUCGCGAAAGUUUUUCCGGGAGAUUUGCAAAAAACAUAGUCUUGCGAAAGUUUUCUCUUCGCGGUCCGCAAAAAAAACAGUCCCUCUCAAAAUUUAUCCGUAACACAGGAAUAGGUCAAUCGAUGAUUAUCGAUACUUUAUGACCAUUUGCUUGAAAAUAACAAAAUGGUUAUCAGGGAAAACGAACGGUUUCUGGAAGAAGGGAAAAAGAGGUAUAAUUAGGCGUGGAAAAAGUUUAGAGAUCUUAGAGUUCAGUUUUUUUAAAAAUACGCCAAACUGCAUGGGAAAUUUAAAAUAUUUUUAUUUAAUAAAAACUUUAUUCGUUAAUUCUUUCAAAAAUCUACAGUGCUGGUGUCAAAAAAAUCAAUGAUGAAUGAACACAAUAUACACUGCCUUUUUUAGAUUUUUUAAAUAAGACUUAAUAUAAGAAUAUUUUCAAGCAAGUACCAUCUUCUAUCGCUCUCCAAAUUUAAUCCAUGCCAAAGAUCUGAUUUCGACCAAUUGCCAAAUUAAAUACAAGUUAAAUUUUCAUCUCUUAGGAUAUACAAAAAUAUCGGAGAAAGAUUAGGAAUGUGCAUACAUAGGAAGAUUUUGACACAACCUAUCGUAGUCGAGUGAAAACUGGAAUAAAUUUUUAAUUUUUUUUUGUGGUAUCAUAUACUCAUUAUGCCUUAACCAGCAAAUAAUAUCCGUGGCUUGUUGUGAUGAAAUAAUAUUGAUACAUCACAAUUUUACAUUAUCUUUCCAGUGGUGAACGUUUUUGUCGUAUUUUGUAAGCGGGAUUAGUUAUAAGGUAGCUACUGUUUCAUUUAUAAUUUGCUCACACAUAAAGGGAACUUGUUCUUUGUAUAUUUUCUCCUCACUCGUCAAAAAUACAUUUAAAAUGUUCCUCCUAAAAUCGUUAAUUUUGACAUCAGGGUAGUAAUAAUUAUUAUAUAUUAAUAAUAUGUAAAAAUAAAUAUAUUAUUGAAGUGAUCAUACAAUGAUAUGAUACCCUUACUUAAAUUAGUUAAUUCUAAAGUUUACUUAAGACAUUGCAUUCGUUUCCAAUAACGCUGUUUAGCUCUGUGAAUGUAUCUUUAUGCUGGCAAACCUUUUUCGCGUUGCAUUUCAUUGUUUUUAUACAUUUUGAUAUGUUUUCUUUGAAUUUAACAAAUUCGCUGGCGAACCGAUUCGGAUACACCUGAGAAUCGGGAAACAACAACCAACAACGAGAAAGAUUACCCAGCCAAGCAUUCCUAUCAUGAACAAACUAUCAGUGAUAUUGGCGAAAACAUUUUCUUUUUGUGAAGGUAGCAUGAAGAACUUGUACUUGAAUACACCAAGUGCGGGCGUGAGUAUGAUCACGACAUAGUAUGUUCCAACAAAGAGCGCUACACAGCCACGUAUCUGCCAGCAAUCGACUUUAUCUGUUUUCGACCAUCUGUAAAAUGUUGUUAUUCCCUUCCACAAAGAAACAGCGACUAAUCCAAAAAGCAUCACCACAAUUACCACUUGAGA